AUGAAAAAUUGGCACAGAUGUACGAAACCUGAUGAAAACAAUGGUUACAAAGCCAUGAAGCUAUAUAUCUCGAAGUUGAAUCCUAAAAGCAAUGCAUUUUCUCAAUAUCUGAAGAAGCAGUGGAAUUAUGAUGAUGAAGUUUUGUAUGAUGCUCGACUGAUCGGUAUCAACAAGCUCGACAACACAAUGAAAAGCAUCAGUGAGGCUGCAAAACUGUUGAAAAUGCACAUAAACUGCAGCGUUGGGGCCACUGUGAUCACCUUGUGGUCAAAUGCUGGAAUCCAAAAUUGCCAUAUUUUGGCAAUGUCAGGUCGCUGUAGUGAGCAGACUCUGGUGCACUACAACACGUGGCCUUCCACUUCAUGA